GCGGGGCGCGGGGGGCGCUUCCGCGGCGAUGGGCGCGCAGCCCCCCAACUUCUCGUGGGUGCUCCCGGGCCGGCUGGCGGGGCUGGCGCUGCCGCGGCUCCCCGCGCACUACCGCUUCCUGCGGGAGCAGGGCGUGCGGCACCUGGUGUCCCUGACGGAGCGCGGGCCCCCGCACAGCGACAGCUGCCCCGGCCUCACGCUGCACCGGCUGCGCAUCCCCGACUUCUGCCCGCCCGCCCCCGAGCAGAUCGACCGCUUCGUGCGCAUCGUGGACGAGGCCAGCGCGCGCGGGGAGGCGGUGGGAGUGCACUGUGCCCUGGGCUUUGGCCGCACGGGCACCAUGCUGGCCUGCUACCUGGUGAAGGAGCGGGGCCUGGCUGCCGGGGACGCCAUCGCCGAGAUCCGACGCCUUCGACCUGGCUCCAUCGAGACCUACGAGCAGGAGAAAGCCGUCUUCCAGUUCUACCAGCGGACCAAGCCCCGCACGACGAGAUAGCAGUGCUUCACGAGCGCGUCCGCGGUGCCCGUGCGUCCCAGGCCGAGGCUCCCAGCUCCUGCAGGACGUGGGCACAUGGGCCCCCACCACGCACAGUGGUGCCAACAGCCGAGUUUUCCAGACGCAGCAGGGACAGGGGGGCGGCCAGGUCACCCCGACGGCGCCCUCCUGUGUGGCCAAGGCAGCCUAGGCCGCCGGCUGCCAGCACCUCCUCGCGUCCUUUCCACAGCCGCCCGCCCAAGCCCCGACCGGCGCUCUCGCCGGGUGGCACAUUAGCCAGAGUCUCGCCAUUCCUCCGGGAGGGAGACAGGCCCUAAGACACCUCCCCGGUCUCCCCGAGGUGUGUCAGAGCUGGGGCGCAGCUCUCCAUCCUGUCCCCGGCCCCCCGCCCCCCUGCUGCUCCCCGAUGCCAACCCAAGUCCCUUCCAGAGGGAGUGUGCAUGCACGCGUGUGUAUGCGUGCGCACGUGUGCCAGUGACGCAGGAGGUGGCUGCAUGGUCCGCUCCCCACGUCUCUCCCCUCCACCUACUGGACGGAUCGGAGAGGAGAGGCAGGACCCCUGAAGCCUCUGAUCCCACCGGCCCCUCCCCACAUCCCCUGCGCGAGGGGAGCCUGCCGGGCCUUCCUCCCGGGCUCCUUCAGAGGAGACUUUUCUAACCCUGUUAGUCCCGUGAGCAGCCUCCGUCCCCAUAAUUUAAGCAGAUCUCCCAGCCUCAAGAGUUCCUUGGGGAAAUAAACAUAUAAUUAUGUGCUUAAGGAAAUCGGUUUUAAAAUAAGUAAGAGUUGACUUGAAA